GCAAUUCGGAGCGGACAUGCCCAUGGCGGCACGGAUGGCGCUUUUGCUCGGACUUGUCUGUUUCAUGAAGUCCACGUCAUGAGGAGUGACGUCAUGUGACACAUUUACGUCACUGUUUUUUCCCACCCCUCCUCUUACCAAACGGCCCAACGCUUGCUUGCCCUGCCCUCAGCUCUGCCACGGUGACGCAUCCGCCCUCAGACGCACAUAUCGCGCCCCACUCUCAUCUUAUUCGUCAUCUGUUUGACUUCAAAGAAUUUCUCUCAUCAUGAGUUAUCCAGGAUAUCCAGGACAUGGUGGUGCUGCGCCUACCUAUCCUCCUUAUCCCAACUCCCCAUCUGCAAUGCCUCAGCCUGGUGGUUAUCCAAGCCAGACACCCUACGCAGUAACUCCUGCACAUCUAUCUUACCCACCAAGUGCAAGUCCGUAUCCCCCUGGCCCCAGCCCCUACCCGCCAGCCCCAAUCGCAUAUCCGCAAGGCAAUAGUCCUUACCCACCAGGCCCUGGUGCACAUCCGCAAGGUAAUAGUCCCUACCCACCAGGCCCUGGCGCAUAUCUGCAAGGCAAUAGUCCCUACCCUCCAGGCCCUGGUGCAAAUCUGCACGGCAAUAGUCCUUACCCACCACCCCUAGGUGCACAUCCGCAAGGUAAUAGUCCCUACCCACCAGGCCCUGGCGCACACCUACAAGGCCAUAGUCCUUACCCACCUGUUCCCGGCGCUAGUCCAUACCCCUCCUCAGGUCCUCCACAUGGGCAUCACUCCCAGUCUGCUUAUGGCGCCCCUCAGCAUGGAAUGUCUUACCCUCAUGGCUCAGUGCCCAGCGCCACACCAUUAUAUGGUGGUCCUAGUUCAAUCAACUAUGUUAGAAAGGGAAAUGCUACUGUCCAGCCGGUUCAGCCCUUCGAUCCAAGAGGAGAUGCAGAAGUGUUGCGAAAGGCUAUGAAAGGUUUGGGCACUGACGAAAAGGCCAUUAUUAAUGUUUUGGCUCGCAGAAGUAAUCAACAACGCCUAGAUAUUGCUCUUCAAUUCAAAACCUUGUUUGGGAAGGAUUUGGUUUCGGAUUUAAAAAGUGAGCUCUCUGGUAAAUUUGAGGACCUUGUGGUUGCUCUCAUGAAACCUCAUUCCGAGUUCAUUGCCAAGGAAGUACAUGAUGCCCUAGCAGGAAUUGGAACUGAUGAAGAAACUGUUAUUGAAGUUGUUUGUUCAUCCACCAACCAGGAAAUUCAUGCCAUCAAAAAUACUUAUCAGCAAAUGUACCACCGUUCAUUGGAGCAGGACUUGAAAGGAGAUACAUCGGGCAAUUUCAAGCGACUAAUGGUGUCCCUGUGUGUUGGCAACCGCAGUGAGGAUUACAAUGUGGACCCAGGUCUUGUCCAAGCUGAUGCCCAGGCUUUACUUCGUGCUGGUGAACUGAGAGUUGGUACGGAUGAAUCAACUUUCAAUGCAGUGCUGUGUCAACGCAGUUUUGCACACCUGCAGGCUGUUAUUAAUGAGUACCAGCGGCUCACUGGACAUAGCCUUGAAAAAGCUAUCAAAAAGGAGUUCUCAGGUGACAUUGAAGAUGGAUUGCUCGCAAUCGUGAGAUCUGCUCAGAACCGCCCAGGGUAUUUUGCUGAACGUCUGUAUAAAAGCAUGAAAGGUCUGGGUACAGACGACAGGGCUCUUAUUCGCUUGGUAGUGAGCCGCUGUGAAGUCGAUAUGGGUGACAUCAAACAGGCAUUUGAAGCUAAAUACGGGAAGUCCCUUGCAAGCUUUAUUGAAGGAGAUUGCUCUGGACAUUAUAAGAAAUGUUUGCUAGCCCUUAUUGGAGAAUAUUAAUGAUUAAGAGGUCUGAUUAUUCCCCACCUCUCUCUAUUUCUCUUUCUUUACGUUUUCAGAAGAAACAAGACUUUUGUCUUUUCCUUCCAAGAAUCUUAUUUUGUCCUUCAAGAACAAAAUUUUGAUACUUGAACAUUUUUUACAGAUGUUUUUGCUAAUCUUUACAGCAAUUUUUUUCUCUUUUUGAUGCUAUUUUCAUUUAUGUCAAUGUAUUAAAAGUUGCUUUAUCUGUGAGGCCAAAAUACUAGCAUGCGAAUGCUGUAAUUUUUUUUUUUUUUUGGUAUGACAUCAUUUUAGUGGUAGGUUACCUACUUAUGACUUACUUUUGGUACAAACUUGACCUUUGUAUUCUGUAAUUUUUAUCUCUCUUUGAACAACUUCUUGCUUUGAUUGUUUCCAUUGCUACUUCAAGUAUUACCUAUCUUAAAAUUGUUAUGUAUUCCUAAUACUCAUAUGUGUUUAUUUCUCUUUUAAAACAUCCAUAAAUCUUGUUUUAUUUCAAUUUCCUUUUCAUUGUAGAAGUUUUGGAUUAAUGUUUCUAUUUUUGAAAGUGUGCCCAUUUCCCUCUAGUUUUAUUUCACCCUCUUCUUUGCACCAUGUUACAUUUUGGUAGCACUUUUUUUAUUGUAUGUUAUUGCACUUUUGUUGUCAAUUCCAUUUGUUUGUUUGUGAUAUUUGCAAUCCUGCAAAGCUAUUUAGCAUGUCUAAUUAAUAUGUAUCUAAUGUGAAGAAGUAUGCCAAGAGACUUCGGUUUACCUACCUGGUGUUUUUGUCCUAAAAUUGUUCAUACCUUC